AUCUUCUUGGUAUCAAAUUUUCUUACCUUUUUUGUUUUGUAAUCCCCAAUUCUUAGAAUCAAAACCACGUCAAUUCUUUUUUUCUUAGGCAUAUAUUCUCUCUGUUUCAAACUUUGUGUCUCUUCCUUCUUCUUCUGCUCUAAUCGUUCGUUUUCGGGACGAGGGAGAUGUUAAAUCCGGGUCACGGAAGAGGACCCGAUUCGGGUACUGCUGGUGGUGGGUCGAACUCGGACCCGUUUCCGGCGAAUCUUCGAGUUCUUGUCGUUGAUGAUGAUCCAACUUGUCUCAUGAUCUUAGAGAGGAUGCUUAGGACUUGUCUCUACAGAGUAACUAAAUGUAACAGAGCAGAGAUCGCAUUGUCUCUGCUUCGGAAGAACAAGAAUGGUUUUGAUAUUGUUAUCAGUGAUGUUCAUAUGCCUGACAUGGAUGGUUUCAAGCUUCUCGAACACGUUGGUUUAGAGAUGGAUUUACCUGUUAUCAUGAUGUCUGCGGAUGAUUCGAAGAGCGUUGUGUUGAAAGGAGUGACUCACGGUGCAGUUGAUUACCUCAUCAAACCGGUACGUAUUGAGGCUUUGAAGAAUAUAUGGCAACAUGUGGUGCGGAAGAAGCGGAACGAGUGGAAUGUUUCGGAACAUUCUGGAGGAAGUAUUGAAGAUACUGGCGGUGACAGGGACAGGCAGCAGCAGCAGAGGGAGGAUGCUGAUAACAACUCGUCUUCGAUUAAUGAAGGGAAUUGGAGGAGCUCGAGGAAGCGAAAGGAAGAGGAAGUAGAUGAGCAAGGGGAUGAUAAGGAGGACACUUCGAGUUUAAAGAAACCACGCGUGGUUUGGUCGGUUGAAUUGCAUCAGCAGUUUGUCGCUGCUGUGAAUCAGCUCGGCGUUGACAAAGCGGUCCCUAAGAAGAUCUUAGAGAUGAUGAAUGUACCCGGGCUAACGCGAGAAAACGUAGCCAGUCAUCUCCAGAAGUAUCGGAUAUAUCUGAGACGGCUUGGAGGAGUAUCGCAGCACCAAGGAAAUAUGAACCAUUCGUUUAUGACUGGUCAAGAUCAGAGUUUUGGUCAUCUUUCUUCGUUGAAUGGAUUUGAUCUAGCUGUUGCGGGUCAGCUUCCUGCUCAGAGCCUUACACAGUUUCAAGCAGCUGGCCUUGGUCGGCCUACACUCUCUAAUCCGGGGAUGUCAGUUUCUCCCCUUGUAGAUCAGAGAACCAUCGUCAACUUUGAAAACCCGAAAAUAAGAUUUGGUGAUGGACAUGGGCCGACGAUGAACAAUGGUAAUAAGCAGAUGAAUUUACUUCAUGGUGUCCCUACGGGUAUGGAACCAAAACAAUUCGCAGGUAGUCACAUGCGUGUGCAGCAACAAAUCACUGGUGUGCGUCCUGGACAGAAUGUUCAGAGCAGGGGAAUGAUGUUACCUGUAGCAGACCAGCUACCUCGAGGAGGGCCAUCAAUGCUACCAUCCCUUGGGCAACAGCCGAUAUUGUCAAGCAGCGUGUCAAGGAGAAGCGAUCUCACUGGUGUGGUGGCGGUUAGAAACAGUAUCCCAGAGACCAACAGCAGAGUGUUACCAACUACCCACUCGGUCUUCAAUAACUUCCCCUCGGAUCUACCUCGCAAUAGCUUCCCAUUGGCAAGUGCCCCAGGGAUUUCAGUUCCAAUGUCGGCUUCUUACCAAGAAGAGGUCAACAGCUCGGACGCCAAAGGCGGUUCAUCAGCUGCUACCGCGGCUACUGCAGGGUUUGGUAACGCAACCUACGACAUAUUUAAUGAUUUUCCGCAGCACCAACAGCACAACAACAACAUCAGCAACAAACUUAACGAUUGGGAUCUGCGGAAUAUGGGAUUAGUCUUCAAUUCCAAUCAGGACGCAGCAACUGCCACCACCGCUGCAUUUUCCACUUCGGAAGCAUACUCUUCGUCUUCCACACAGAGAAAAAGGCGGGAAACAGACGCAACAAUGAUGGCCGAGCAUGGGCAGAACCUGCAGCCACCAAGCCGGAAUCUGAAUCAUCUGAACCACGUUUAUAUGGAUGGUGGUUCAGUCAGAGUGAAGUCAGAAAGAGUGGCGGAGACCGUGACUUGUCCUCCAGCAAAUACAUUGUUUCAAGAGCAGUAUAAUCAAGAAGACCUGAUGAGCGCAUUUCUCAAACAGGAAGGCAUUCCAUCGGUAGAUAACGAGUUCGAUUUUGACGGAUACUCCAUCGAUAAUAUUCCGGUCUGACUACAGAAACUCAGACUACUGCAAGAUUCUUAGUUUUUCUUUUCCCUCCUUCAAGGUACAAAGCUCAACAAAUGGCGAUAAUCGAAGGGGAAAAUAGAAAAGAUCAUGUGUUGUAUCUUUAGAUGAUAAUCUGCAGGAAAUUCAAAAGCAGAUUAUAGAAGACAAUAAUAGUUUUCUUUUUGG